UUUUAUCGACUGGGACUGUCAAGUCCCAGAUACGAGUUCGAUACAGCUGGAUACAGUUUUAGUCAUUAAAGUCCAUACGUUGGGACUUACCCAGCUGAUAUCUUUAACAAUGGGCAUGCUGAAUGCUGUCAUGAUUUUAUGGUGUGCCAUGCUGAUGGUGGCGCAACCAGGGAAAGGCCAGGGCCAGGGCCAGGGCCAGGGUACGUGGGGCAUGCUCUCGGAUGAUGACCAUGCCAAAGUCAAAGAUACGGGAUCGUGGAUGAGUGAAGAAACUGACGGAACCACCAUGGCCAUGCCAACAGGCAGUCCAGAUGAGGAUUACAACAUUUUUGGCGUUACCGAAGCAGCACCUAAAGGCAGAUUGACAGCAUUGAAGGACGAACUGGAGACAUUUGGAGACGAGCCCAAGGAAGUCAUUGGAAAGGAAGGCACCGCACCUGUGCUCACCUGUCCCGUUCGCCAAGAGCCUCAUGGCAAUCGCAAAGGCGAUCAAAUUUGAUCAUUUAGGUUUCUAGAUAUAAGUAGAUAAUAGCGAGUAGGAUAUUAGGUUGAUAGGUAGCUAAGACUAAGACUUCGACAUGUUCUUGGGGGUCACAUCCAAAU